UCUGCGGCCACCAACCGAUUCAACACAUGAGUUUUUGUCACAAGACUGAGUGAAAAUACCUCUAUAUAUACGCUCUUCAUUCCAUACAAACCGUAUACCGUGUUCGACUUCGGCAUCGUCAUUGUUUUGGACGUUGACAGGGCAUUGAUUUUGUCGGUUUUUGCAGAAAACCGUUUUUGUCAUAGGACAGUAUAUCCGUACAUUUGGUCUAUACCAGAAUAACCACAAGUGAAACGUCAUCAUGAGCAGAUUCGGCCGAAUGUCGUUGUUGCUGUUGGCGGUGGCGUCGUGCCACGUUUACGGUCAAGUGCCGUCCAGCACCCCAUGUUCGCUGUCGUUCUACCGGUACCUGUUCAACUUGCCCGGUGAGCAGAUCCGACCCAACGUACCGGAAGGCACGUACAUGUUCGGCAAGCGGGUGGGUCCGCCCACACCGGAAGGCCAAGCGUCGGACGUCAAGCCGUCCGUGCUCCGCGCUCCUCUGUACCUACCGCCGUCGCCGACCACCACGACCACCACGACCACCACUACCACCACGCCGAGACCGUCCACGUCCGCACCGAUAUACAUACCUCCGCAAAACAACUACUACCCGUCCGAGUCCAUCAACACUGUGUCGGUGUUGAAGCCCGCCAAACCGACGUGCGACCAUCCGGAACACCAGCACGCCGCCGUGGACACCGGUCUGCUGCCGCCGUACCCGACUGCCAAAUUCCAACCGCAACCCACUUUCCUGCCACAGCCCACGUUCCAGCCUCAGCCCACGUUCUUCGUGCCGCGUUUCGUAGCCCCGGCCCAACCCCAGGUGCCCGUGGCCAUCAGCGACAACGAGAUAUUCGCUGAACAACGGAAACCCGUGGUGUCCGUACAAAGAUUCGCCGUGCCCACUCCACCACCGCAGUUCCUCCGACCAUACAUCGCACCAGCACCGUCCGCUGCACCUGCCGAGAACUGCGACAAGCACGUGCACGUGACCAGCACCACCACCACCACCACCACGACGCCCGAACCCACCACCGAGGCUUUGGUGGAGACUCGCCAGAACGAGAUAUCCAUCAUUCCGGACGCCAAGCACCCGGCCGACUGCGACCACAAGCAACACAACGUGGUCAUCGAAUCCGUGGGCGUACCGUCCACCGACUACGGCGUAGUCUCCGCUCCCGCCCCGGCCCCGUCCGCUGGAUAUUCGUACGACCGACCCAGCGAGCCCUUGGCGUAUCCGUCCAACGGUUACAAUUACCCAAAGGCUAGCCCGUCCUUCGAGUACCCGGGAGCGUUUUCGGCCCAGGGCACCGCUCUGUUCGAGUCCGAAUCGCCCAAGUCGUCUGGUACCGAAGACGGUGACCUAGUCGUCCUCAAGGUCUAAAAAGUCCUAACCUCCCGUGUGUAUAACACCAAAAAAUCAAAAAAAAAAAAAAAUCAUAAAAAAUAAUAUAUUGACACACUAAUCAUACUUGUAUGUAUGUAUGUAUGUAUGUAUGUAUGUAUGUAUGUAUGUGUAUUUGUGUUUGCCUACACGACGCCUCCUUAGUGUUAGUCAACUGCAAAUAUUGGCCAUUUAACGCCACCGUCAUCACAUUAGAAUAAUAUUAUAAAUCAUGCAUCGUAAUUAUAUUAUUAUUAGAAUUAGAAUCAUUAAGAUAUAUAUAUAUAUAUAUACACAUAUAAAUACAUAUUGUCGCGUAGGAUCUAUUCGUCCAUCCGCAAUAUAGACAAUAUUGUGAAUUUAUUAUGUUAUAUUGUUACCAUUAGAUUUAUGAUAAAAAAUAUGUAGAACAAUACUAUUUGAUAUUUUAUUGUAUUGUUCAAUUUUUUUAAAAAAAAAUAUUGUAUACUUUUAUUACCAUUUCAAUGUAUUAAUCUCGUAAAUUGAAUGUAUCAUUUUUUUUUGUUCAUUAUUUUAAUUUCGUUUUAUAAAAUAUAUUUUAGUCAAGUUUUUUAA